AUGGUCGUGUCUGCAAUACAAAUGAAAUCUUUGAGACAGUGGUUGCAGGCUGGCUACCCGUUUAUAGAUGGUCCCUUAAUAUUAAUUUUGAAGCUCAAUUGCACGGAGUCCACAACGUUAAAAGAAACGGCUGAUCUUAAUGAAAUUCGUCGAGUCUAUGAGAUUGUGGAUGAAAAUGCAGAUGGAGAGGUGAGCGUGAUGGCCUGCGAUUUGAACAAUUUUGUUGAGGUAUAUCAAUCCAUUCUAAACAAUAAAGACGAUAUAGACCAAGAUGAAUCAAAGGAUUUGAUGGAAGCAUUCGGUGUAUUUGAUGAGAAUAAAGAUGGAUACAUAACUUCAGAGGAGCUGCAACAUGUCUUGUCCACCAUGGGAUUGAUUCCGUUGAGCAACAGUGCAAGCAAAUUAUAUGGCGAUUUGAUUUGGACCGCAAUGGAGUGUUGGACUUCGCUGAAUUCAAAAGUAUGA